GGAGGGAGUUGCAUUAAUCAUGUGUAAUUCAUAGAGUUUGGUAGCGAUGAACAGAAGUAGUGAUUGCUUUUUAUUUAACCAAACAAUCUUUGGCAUUGGCAAAAGGGUUGUCUAGUAUGAAACUGGAGUGCGCUUUCCUCCCAAUUUCACACUCAAAAACAAGUAAGCACUGAGUGUCCCACACGCUACUACUUACUGCUCUUUAGGCAAACCGUGAUUGAUGGCAAGCAUUUCCCGCGAGGGAAUCCAUUCCCUUAGGUCUCACUCCUCAAACUCUCAAUCACACUUUGCCCAGUUUUAUGGAGGGAACAUGGCCAUGCCAGACCCCACACCACUUUCUUUUUUCUUUAGUCACUCUCAAGUUUCAACUGACAUCCAAUUUACAAAAGAAAGCAGACCGCCCCUACCCCAAAAAAAUGUCCAACUCACCUACAACUUCCAUUGCCUUCUCUUUACAAUAUCUCCACCUCUAUCCUCUAACUUUAUAUAUAUAUAUGUCUCUCAUCUCCCUAAUUAUCACAGAAAAACAGAUAUAUCCAUAUAAUCCUUGCCAGUUAUGGAUUGGUUUUCAUGGCUAUCCAAAACCGGCCUGGAGCCGUCUCUAGUUUACGAGUAUGGACUCGCUUUUGCUCACAAUGAGCUUGAAGAAGAAGAUAUAAUUUACUUCAACCACGAGUUUCUGCAAAGCAUGGGGAUUUCCAUAGCCAAACAUAGGCUAGAAAUCCUCAAGCUUGCUAGAAAAGAAAUGGGUGCAAGCCCACGCCCCAUAUCAAGGCUUCUUGUUGCCAUGAGGAGGACAAAGAGGUGCUUAGCUAAAUACAUCCGUACAUGGAUUCAUCGCGAGGAGUCAGCUCUGGUGCUUGUGCCGAGGCCUAGUUAUGGGACAAGAUGGAGGGGAGCCAUGAUGAAGAGGAACGAAAGAUCGACGAUGGCAAAGCAGGGGAGGUUGCUGCUCACAAAUGGGAGUCCGAGUCGUAUGGUGGCUUCCGGGCCUCCACGUGUUGACAGUUUUUCGAGCCCUCUGGUGUGUGAUCUCCGCAAGGAGGAAAAGAUGAACGACAGCGAUGACAGGUACUGGUUGACCGGUGUUGAAGAGAUCAGGUGGGAUACCAUGUUUCAGGAUCUGAAACCCACAUGAAUUCUUCCUCUCUGUUUUGUUCUCUCUCUCUCUCAUUUUGUCAUAUUUUUUGGUUUUUGUGGAGUCAAUUCAAUGGUGAGAGAAGGGUUUUUUUGGUUCUUCCACCAGAGGGUUUUGGGCGUGUUUCAUAGAAGAAUUGUUUUAUAUAUUUAUCAUGAGCGGUGGGUGAUGCAGACGACAAGACUUUAGCACGAAGGGUCUGCUUGAGUAAUGAGAUUGUCUCACCUCCCCUGCCUGUAUUUGGAAUGACUUUACUGAAAGAUAGAAAAAGAAAGCAUUAGUCUUUAACGUCUUUGUGAGCACAAUGAGAAGCUAGAUUAGAUGUCCAAUUCCACCCCAUUCUGCUGAGAUUCAAACAUGGUUACUGCAUCAAUUUUUAUUUUCGGUGAUGAUGGUAUACACAAAUCAUCCAUAUUAGUAGGUAAAUGUAUUUUGUUUUCGUAUAACUAUUUUAGUAACUCGUUUUACAACCAUCCAAUUGGAUCAUGCCACUUCAUGAAAAGUACAAGGAUUUUUUUUAUUUGAAUUCAGAUUUUACAUAACUGCCUUUCAUUUGAA